UUGGGCGGACAACUGUUCUGCCAAACCCGAGGCAUUCCUCAGGGCUCCUGCAUCUCCACGGAUCUGGCCAAUCUCUUUUUGGCCAACACUGACCGUACCGGAUUGGGUCAGUACUGUUGGGCCCUUGAUCGCACCAGAAAGGCUCUAUGCAAAUCGGACACUCGUCCGUCUUCGCGGCCUCCAGCGGCUGUUCUGCGCUACAUCGAUGAUUAUCUCUGCCUUGCAUCCUCAGCAGAACAGCUCACCUCUUUAGUUGAUGCUGUGAAACAGGGACUGGAUACCGUCGGACUUCGUUUGAACUUGGGCAAAGAGAAAACUAACACUGACAACCUGGGUCAGCCAGUGAUGUGGUUGGGAGUCGAGAUUCGGCGUGACCUCAGCCUCCUUCUACCGGAUACUUCGCCUUUUCCACUUAUCCUCCUUCUGCAGUUUUCCACAUUCCUCGUGGAGAUCUGGCGGAUUAAUUUGGCGCGAAUGAGUUUUUUGCAUCGCCUCUCAGCAUACAAGGGACAGUUAAAAUGGCUUUUCGAUUGGUUACAGUCACCAAGUCAACUCUUUCCACAAUCGACCGGGAAUGCCAACAGGGCUGGUGACGCGCCCCUCACUCCACUCUUCCCCGCCUCCCUUAUGAAAGAGAAGAAAAGGAAGCACGUCCGUUUAUGGCAUCUGAAAAAAGUCUGCGACGAACUGCCUGAAGCUCUUUUCCCAUUAACACGGAAGUCUCAAAAGAUGAAUAAAAGGAGAUAA